ACUUUAGCGUCCCUCCUAGGGCAGUGUGUUCUCCAUGACCCCACCUCUUUUAAGAGUGCAGCUCUAUGAUUGGCCGUAACGUAACCAAAAGCUGCCCAAUCGCGCACUAGCAGCUGCUUUGGCGUCUCUGUGUGAGUAGGAGGAACAUGGCCGACCGGCUUACGCAGCUGCAGGACGCUGUGAACUCGCUUGCAGAUCAGUUCUGUAAUGCCAUUGGGGUACUGCAGCAAUGUGGCCCUCCCGCCUCCUUCAGUAACAUUCAGACGGCAGUUAACAAAGACCAGCCAGCUAACCCAACAGAAGAGUACGCACAGCUUUUUGCUGCAUUGAUUGCGCGAACAGCAAAAGACAUUGAUGUUUUGAUAGAUUCUUUACCCAGUGAAGAAUCUACAGCUGCUUUACAGGCGGCUAGCUUGUACAAGCUGGAAGAAGAAAACCAUGAAGCUGCGACAUGCCUGGAGGAUGUAGUUUAUCGAGGCGACAUGCUUCUGGAGAAGAUACAGAGCGCACUGGCCGACAUUGCACAGUCCCAGCUGAAGACGAGAAGUGGCACCCACAGCCAGUCUCUUCCAGACUCAUAGCACCCGGAACACCACGAGCAAAGCCAAGAACUGGCUCAGUGCAUUAUGAAUUCUGCAUCAGAUUGACAUACAAGCCUUACCAAGAGUUACAGAAACAGACACUAUGAUACUUGUUACCUUUUUAGCUAUUUUAAUAAUCUUCUAUUUUCACUCUUGAUAAAUAAGCUUACAAAAUUGUGAUUGAGCCGGUUUAAACCAUCACUAUGCUAUCAUUUUUUAUCUAAAUGAAGAUAUGAAGGCAGAUAUCGCAUUAAUGUUCAUAAUACAGUUAAACAGAUACACUAUGAA